AUGUUUAUUUCGCUUUGUUAUUACCAACUGAAUUUUGGAAGAGGAACUAUUCCAAAUGAUGCGUUCGACAUACGCGAUACAGAAAAUAAAUAUCGCACAGUUUUUGCGAUUCCUCCUCGAAAUUCAACAAAUCAAACUCAGAUUUAUUUUGUUUCGUUAUCCAGGAGUUAUUAUUAUCAAUUAGAUAUGCUCUAUUUACAAGAAAUCACUACCGAAAGAUGGAAUGUUUCCGUUUCAAUUCCAAUAAAUUCUACUGAUAAUCUCGAGUAUCUUUUAUUCGAGAUCUCAUCUGGCCAGAUUGUACAGUGUAUUAGUGGUUUUUAUUCUUCGCCACUGAUAAAACAAUCAGUGAAUUAUGAAAUUAAUAGAGCGCCAAUUAAUUACGUUUUAAUACCGCAUUAUGACACCACAUAUCAUAUUAUUACAAACGAUGAUACUAAUUCCAUUAUUUAUGACGCAUAUACUGAUUCUCCGAAAAAUCUCAAAAAAGAAGACGCAAUAUUCGUUUCCGGGGAAAACUACACUAUAAUUACAAUCACAAAUAAUACACGCUCUAUCCACUUUACUAUAGAGUCUAUGGAACUCCAUAAUAACAAACUACGUGAAAGCAACCUAAUCACGGCCUUAGAACCUAAUACAGAGGAACAUUUUUAUUAUUUAUUUGACGCCUUGAAAUGGGGCUUAAUUCGAGAAAUUAAACUAAAUCAAGAUAUUAUUCCUAGAAAUGCUGAUACAUGCGUUAUCUUCUUACAGAGUCAUUAUAUGGACGGUCAAAUAACAGCAGAAUCAUGUAAUGGUAAGCCAAUAAACCUUCACGAAUGCGUUAUUCCGGAAUGCGCCAUAAAAUUAAAUUCUACUCGAUAUCCUUCCAUAAAAAUCAAGAACUUUUCACUUAUUAAUGGUCAAAAGCCAAGAAUGAUCUUAUCAGGACUCAAAAAACAAGAAAUUACAAUUCCAAAGUCAAAUUUACUAUUUAAAUUCUUUUUAUUACGUUGGCUUGAUUAUAAUGAACAACAAGAUAUUCUCUAUAACUAUGCUCAAAGAACAACUUUUGAAAACAAUAUAGAUAUCGAAUCUCCUUACUAUUUCAUCAAAGACACAACGAAAGAUGGGAAACUCCAGUAUUAUCCUCAAGAUUUUAUUACAAAGGAUCCUUUUGUUGUUGAUGUUUGGGAAAACUCAGAUUAUAAAUUUGUUGCAACAAUUCCGACAUUUCCUAUUGCUAAAGUCAUAUUCCCAUUGAUUUUAGGAAUCCUGAUUGUCGGAUACUCGUUGUUUGCUCUUAUUUCAUACUAUGGUAAGUUUAGUUCUUAA